UUCCAUUUUUUAUGUUGUAUGUUUACAUAUAUUUAUUAUUUUCGAAAUUAUAUAUAAUGUUUUUUGUUUUUUUUAUAAAAUGGUAAUGUUACAUUAUGGAGAUAAGCCGUCUUUUUUUCAAGUGAAAAAUGGUAAUCUUACAUAUGUUUAAUGUAGUUUUUCUAUUUUUAUGCUGUAUGUUUACAUAUUAUUUAUAAUUUACGAAAAUUAGUAAUAUUAAAGUAUAAAACUAUCUUUUAUGCUACGUGUCAUCUUUUGGGAGAAGUUUUUUUUGCUGAUGCGGACGCUCUAUGGAGCCUCAAAAGGUCCCUUUUAUUAGUAAGGAUUUGCAAAAAGCCUUUAACUGGCCCAAAACAUUUCCCGAAAAUCUAUACAGCCACGUCCUUUCAUCUUCUUCUACUCGCGAAACCCCAAAUUUCCUGCCGCUCCGGAUUUCUGGUGUAACUUUCUACCUGAAUAAUUAAGCUUCAUCAAAUCUAUGUUAAUGGCUUCUGCAAUCAAAACCUACUUGCCGAUAGAAUUUCCCUGCCUUCACCCUAUAUAUAUCACUCUGUUACAGUCUACAAAAAAUCCUUCACUUCCAUGACCAACAAAUCAGCAAUAUCAUCCUCCACAUUCACUACGCUAUGUUCUUCAGUUACGUUCUUCUCGGCUUGGUAGAGGCGAAGCUUCUAUUUAGGAUCAUCCAUUAUUGGGAUCCCAGAGCACAGCGAGAGGAUGCAUGCUUAUUGGUCUGGAUAUAAGGAGAGGAGGCGGAUUCAAAAUGCAUGUUCUUUCGACUACUGCAAAGAGAUUUCGUUUGUGAGAUUAUCAAUACCAAACUACUGAUUUGUAAUUUGGUCAUUUGUGAUUCGUUGAACCAAACUAUUCGUUUUCUUUCAAUCUCUGUCUUUUUCUAAGCCAAAACCUUAUUUUUGGCAUUUUUCAGAUUUAUAGGAACUUCUAGCCAAAACAUGGAAGACCUUGACAGUAUAUCGAAGGCUUGGUUCGAUUUUUGGAAAGAACGCUGAGGUGGAAACAUCUAGCUCCCAUUUCACAAACAACACCCGGUGAGUGAGAGUACACUUUCCCUUGCAUAUUUUACCUUUUUGGGACUAAGCCCUCAAGAAAAAUGAAAAAGUACAAAAUGAAACUCAUUGGUUUAAUUCACUUUCGUACAAAAUUUCUCAAAUUUCUAUGGAUCCAAAGUUUUUUUUUGGUUGAGCCAAGAACCUGAUCAUAGCUUCGUUUUGGUUCUUUAGCAAUGAUACGACGGUUGACGCUUUCGACACUUUCGUCUGCAAAAAUGGAGCCGGAAACCAUAUUCUGGGAGCUGUCUUUGUUGAACUCGAGACCAUUGUCAUCUAUGAAGUCUACCGGGACUUACUAGCAGCUUUUCAAUCAUGAGUAACUUAACUCUGGGAACAACUUCGCCAAUGGUGAGAGAAAAUUUUAUUUUUCUCUUCUUCUUACUGAUUAUUCAAAUGGUGAUUAGAAGUUAUAUAGUCGCAGUUGGAAAGGAGAUUGUGGACCUUUGUCUUAACAGUGUCAGAGAUCUUGCCGACAACUAUACAUGCUUGCAAGGGGUUAUUGGUCUUUAAUGCUGUUGGUGGAGUAACUGGUUCUGGUUUGAGAUAUCUGUCGUUAGAACCUUUGUCUGUAGAUUAAGGAAAUAAGUCGAAACUUGGAUCCACCAUAUAUCCUUCUCCUCAGGUACUUUUCAAGAAAAAUAACACAUUACAAAUUACAUUGAAAUUGGAGUUCUCCCAAAAGCUUGGUUUGAUGCAUUACCUUUUGAUCUCAGGUUUGUACUGCUGUUAUAGGUACCUUACAACGGUGUUCUCUUGCUGCCUUCGCUACUUUUAAAAUCUCUCAUAUUUCCUAAAUUUUUCAAGCUCGGUGUUGCGGUUGUAGUGCAUUGAAGUUUGAGCUAAUGAUCUCCCUCAAAUGUCGGCACAUAUUUUGACAGGGAUUCAUGUGGGCGAGAAAGUCUUAUUCCUAAGGAUUCAGUUAUUCGCAAAUGACAAUAUGCAUCCGUUCAUAUUCCAAAAGAGGCAAUACCCCCAAUAAGAGUAUGUUAUGCACAGGUUGCCCUCAAUCUCCCAAGACCAGUUUGUAGGCAUGGUCAGUUUUUUUUUGGCUCUCUCACGACUCACAAAGCCUGUGAGAAUAAAAAUCAACAUUAUAAUAGGACAGUUUCAAGGCUCCUUAAGGUGUACACGUAGGCAAACGUGUGGGACCCACCUUAUUUUUUUUUUCCGGACCCCGUGGGCUAAAUAAAUGGGCUUCGUGUUUGUUCAUAGCUAUUGAAUGGGCUUAAGGGUUGCUCCUGCGUUUUGGUAAGAAGAAAGACCGAGCCCUCGGCUUCUUCCAGAUCCUUCACCUAUGGUCGAUUCCUCUUCGGUCUUAUCGGAUUAACUCGAUCUUUAUGUCUGUCUUAAGUUCCUCGGACGACGAAACGUCAACCUCUAACGCAUCCAGAAGAUCCUAUAUAUAGGUUCUUCAUGAAAUCAGUCGUUAACGCCGCUGCCGCCGCCGCCGUCGGCAACCCCACGUUUUACUCUCUUCGUCUCGGAAGAUCUGCUUAAUCUGUUGUUGGUCGACUCAUCCGGUUUUGGGAUUCCCGCAACGUCAGCAAGAACGGAGAGUUUAUGGGGAUAACAAUUCUACUCCUCGAUGAAUUAGACUCGGUGAUUCAUGGUUUCAUUCCAGCUAAUCGGGCCAACCAUUACCGGUCCUCUUUGAAAACCGGUUCUAUUGUCAGAUUGGACCGUUUUGACGUGGCAAGGGUGGGUCACACGUAUAAGAUUACUGAGCAUCAGUACGUCAUCCGGUUCAUUCCUUCAACGCGUGUUGUUGAGGUCCAAACGGAUGCCCCUGUGAUCAAGAUGGACAAGUUUAUGGUUAGGCGUUACGAACAGCUUCAAGUGCUUGCGAACACCAGUUUAGAGCUACCAGAUGUUGUUGGUGAGAUAAAAUCUGUGCAGGGGUCCGAUCUCAAGAACCAAACAGCCAGAAGCAGGGUUGUUGUCCGCCUAUUAAUUGAACCGAACAUGACCGUGUUCAUGUCUUUAUGGGAUGAGGCUGCAUCAGCUUUUAGAGGUCUCUUGAAAGCUGGGGAUAAAUCACAGUCCGUGAUGUUGGUGACCACAGUUAAUCCUAAACUCUUUGGAGGGAAUCUGUAUCUCAAUUCCACACAAGGGACUAGGUUCUUCUUUGACACCAGUAUCUCUGAAAUAGCAGAGUUUGUUAGCAGCAUUGGAGCUACACCACCUCAAGAUUAUACAUGUGUCGACACGCUUGAAAGAGUCAAGAAAAAGGAGCUUGUGUCAAUAGGGGAUCUCAACACAUUCAUCUCGAACUCUAACGAACAGACCCAAGAAGCUGAUUUCCUCUGCAAAGCCCAGAUUAUUGGUGUCAUUCAGGAAAAUGGGUGGUUCUUUGUGUCCUGCACUGGUUGCCACAAAAAAUUGGAAAAACGUGGGACGUCAUUGGACUGCAGCAGAUGUGCAACUUCUGACGUGACUGGUGUUGUUAGGUUCCGCGUUGAGCUUGCUGUUGAUGACGGCAAAGAUAGCACAACGUUUGUUGUCUUCGAUAAGGAGAUGAACAAGCUCACCAAACAGGAAGCUGCUGUGCUUGCCCUGGAUGAGGUUUCAAACGGUGGAGAGGAGUAUCUCCCAAGUUGUCUUGAAGAGCUAGCAGGGAAGGAGUUUGUGUUUCAGAUCCGUGUAACACCUUUCAACUUCACUCCCAAUCACCGUACCUUCACCGUUGCCACCAUCUCUGAAGCUAGCGAGACACACUCUGAGAACAGUGGAGUUGACACAGGAUUGGAAGCUUCGUCUUCGGGCCCGUCUGUUUUGGGAGUCAAGAUUAGUGAAGAACGUGCAUCAGGCAAUAAUCCAGGGAAUGAAGGCGCUCAGCAGAGACGCAAGCGUGGCCGUGAGUAAUUGGGAAAACAUAUUCCUACAAACCCGUCAUCAGUCUUAUUUGUCUUUUUUUUAAAAAACUUCUACUAGCUCUUUGACAAAAAAAAAAAAAAAAAAACUUCUACUAGCUAUGAUACUCAUUAUGAGCUUUGAUCUCUGUCGUUAUCGUUUUGAUUUCCAUGGAUAUUUUCUUUUUUUUUCUGGAUUAUUAAUGAAUCUUUGACGGGUUAAAUUUGA